ACUGCUGCAGAAUUCUCUGACAUUCAAAAAUACAGCACUAUACAGUACUGCACCAAGUGUUAUCAUAAUGCAGGUCCUUUGCCUUCAAUUUGCCUCCACUACUGUUCCACUAUUCUGUUUCAGUCACAGAAUGUUUGCUGUAUCCAUAGCAACCGAGCUCCUCUUCUUAUGUCACAAUGAGAGCAGGUGAAAUGCACCAUCAUCCGUUCUGUUUGAUCUAACUAUGCUCUAAUAUUAGGACCAAACGAGCUCUUAAUCAGCUGUAUGUGACACCAUGUGCAGUACCACAUACAGUAUGGGAAAUCAGGRAAAGAGUUAUGAUAAAUGGACCCAACCUGGCUGGAGAAUAGAGCAGAAGUAUGCAAACAAAGUUCUAAUUGGCAACUGGGUGGAAGAGAAGUUUCAGUUCACUCGAGAGUGUAAGACAGCCAACAGCACCAACCGUGCAGACUACCAGCCACAGAGGGACCACCGGCCAGACGUCAUCCUCAGACGAGAGGCGCUGCGGAAAGCUGAGGGCCUUCCCGCUAAGCUGCUUCUCUCCCACCACGGCACRCUGCCYUCCCAUUACCUGGUCACCCACUAUGAUGAGAUGUAUGGGCGCCAGGGYACCUCCACCCUGCCUGCCUUGCGCAACUGGCAUCCAGACAGGCUGGCGUGGACGCCAGAGAAGUCUGACCACCCAAGCUUGGCACCUCCAACUAACUUUGGCCUGGUGGAGUCUAGACAGGUCCGUCUGGACCAGCAGCAGUCCCCCCUCCCUGCGCUGAGUGUGUACAGGUCAGCGUACCAGAAUUACCCACUCAGUGCUUUCUGCCAGCCCCGCUUCACCAGUGUGCCACGAGGCCACUCCAGUAAGCUCCAUCCUGCCAAUCGAAUCAACAAGGACAUGGAUCUGAAACAACGGCCCUGCAGACAGGUCCCAGACAACUCAGUCUCCGCCAGCCUCCUCCCUCCCCUGUCUGUUGUGUAGACACAGAGCUCGGGCCCUGAGAUGGCGCGCCACACACGCUGUUUCGAUACUCCGUGCUCAAAGUGGUGCUGUUUGAGGAUUUCAUUUUUUAUUAGUCUAAGGCAUGAAAAAUUAAAUGAAGCAGAACAUAUGGG